UACUCCUUCAGUGUCUCCACGGUCAUCCAGCAAACACCCGGCUUCAUGAUCGGCUCAUUUUGGAACCUUUGUAGAGCGUGCCCAUCAAUGCCUGUAGAUAAGCUCCAUUCGGAAUAUAGAAGUACGUAUCGAUGGCACGAAUAUACCGGGGGACCCGAUGUCGUAAGAAAACCACCUGUGCCAAAUCAAUUCGCAGCCAGCUCGAAGGCGGAUCACUUUUUCUCGAAAUCAACGGAGGAUGAAAAGUUUAUCGAAGCCUCGAUCAACGAACCGCCCUUGCCGAGAAGGAAAAAGUGCCCCGAGCUAGCGUAUCGGACGAACGAGUUUUUGGCCGCACGGGGUAAAUCCGAAGCCAUCGGGCACGAUCGUACCGAUGCUGGAGCAACGACUCACACUAGAGCAAGGUCUGAAGAGCGUGGAACACCGUCGCGCCGCAGUAAAUCGGAAGGACCGCCGGCUGGUGUCGCCAACGGAAGGCUUCCAACCGGGACCGGAUAUGCGAACGGAACCAUCGAGCCGCCGCCGGUUUCGAACGCGGGCAGGGCACUGGAACAGGCGGGUGAGUCUUCUACUAGUGGACUAUUCAAAAAAACCAUUACCAAACUGAGCACGGAGUACCGGCUCCAGUUCGUGUGGCCACACGUGCGGCGUGCGAUCAAGGGCGGCCCCGGGGCUGGUGCGCACGGCGCUGGCGACGGUGACGGUGCGGACACUAUCGAUGCACCCCCGCGCAAGUCCCUCUCCAUGGGUGCACUGAAGGCGGCCCAGAUCGGAGCCGCCGCCGGUGGCGGCACCAUCGCUUCCGUACACAAAAAACGAACGACUAACGAGCGAGAAGCCACGGCCACGGAGCUCGAACCACUGGUCAACGAUUGCGAGACGUCGAUGGAAAAGUCGCAGCAGCCGAAUGAAAAACGCGGCGAGAUGGCUCGCGUUGUGGAGCAGAAAAUAAAGGCACUGCGCGUGGAGAAGGAAAAGUUCGGUUUCGAGCCGGAGGCAAACGAUGCGUCCCGGGCACAGGCAAGCUCCGGUAUCGACAAUGCCUGGUACAAGGAGGUCUUGGAGCUGCGGAAGAAAGCGGGCGAGUACCGGAACCGGGGCUGGGGAGUGGAGAUGAAUCCCGAUCUCUUCAACAAGCAGGUUGAGCUGUGGGACCAAGUAUCCCGUCGCAGUUCGCUGAGUGCACUCUCGUUGGCAUCAAGCGUUCGGCCAAUUACGAAAGAAGAGAAGGAGAAGGAGAACAACAAGAAGAGCUCUCCAACGAAACCGUUUACUCGGGGAGCCCGGGUACCGGGUGGUGCUCGACCGGUUGAGAUCAGCAAGCCGGGACUGCCAGAUGGGUUGAACUUCUCCGCUGCCGCCCGUAGCCGCAAGGACGCCAUUCGUCAUCAUCUGGAGCGCACGACCGGUCCGGAUGUCGAGGAGGGUGCACUUUUGCCUUCGCCGACACGCGAGAAGCUUAUGCCAGCAAUACCACGCUCGAAGGCUGACAGUCCGCAGCGUGGCAGCCCUCAGAAGACGGCACUGUCACGCCACGGUAGCCCGCAGAAGGGAAGCCCACAAAAGAUCAGCCCGAAGAAAAUGUCCAGCAAGGGACGGUCGCAAUCCGUAGGACCCGCAGUCGCCACCGACGGUAGCGCACCUGUGGUUGCCGGUGGCUCACCGAAGCGUCAGAUCCGUUCGGGCAGUACGGUCGCUGCCUCGACCGCUUCGUCGGCGGCCAAAACGCACAAGAAAACGCCGACCUCGGCAACGGCGCCGACCAUCGCGCAAAACCAGCAGCAGCAGGCGGCCCAGCAACCGGAACGAAGACCACGGCCGACAUCCCUUUCCACCACCACCAAUCACUCCCGCUCGAAGAGCAGCACCCUGCCCACGAGCCGCCUCCAUCCUCCGCAUUCCGGUAAUCUCACCAACCUCACCAACAACAAUCAUCUUCCCAAUGCAUCACCAUCAUCAUCCGCCGCCGCAAUGGCCGCGUCCAUGAUCGCGUCCACCACCAACACCGGCACCCCAUCCACCGCCGCCACCGCCCGCGCCAAGCUAACGCUCGCGACCGGUACCAAGCGGCAACCGCAGGGGGGCCGGUCGGUCAAACCGCCCACCAGUCUGGCCAGCGACUCCUCUGCCCCUUCGUCGGCGUCCAGCACACUGAGGAAGAAGCAGAGGAUGGUGCCCGAGGGCGGUGUCGGUGGUGCCGGCGGUCGGGGCAGUACCAGCGCCAGAUCGGUUGAAUCGGACAAAAAAUUACCCAUCGGAAGCGUUGAGGAUGCGGACAAGGAAAGUGUCCCAACAGUGGGCCCAACCGUGGCCCCGCCCCCGGAAAUACUGGAGCAGAUAAUCAAGUCACCUCCAGAACCGACGCGUGUUAAGUCGCCGGAGCAAAUCAUUAUGCGCUCGCCAGACCCUGUCAACUGGACGGUGCCCUUGGACACCGGGAAAACAUUCACUGUGACGCAGAAUGUGCGAGAGGGUGAUCCAAUGAUUCGUCCGCACAGUGAAAUUAAGGCAUCCACUCCAGUAGAACAACCGCCGCCACCUCCCCAGUCGGCACCACCAGAGCUUUCUGAACAAUCGAAAAUGCCUAAUACUAAGCUAGAACCAAGCUCGAUUAAGGAAUCGGAAGAUGAAGACGAUGAUUUACCACGGUCGAAAUCAUCCGUUGCUUCGUCGGUGAAUCCCACGUCGAUAGCGAUUUCGGAGCCGAUGACCGUUUCGCAACCACCACCACCACCAUCAUCGUCCCAACUACCCUCUCAACCAUCGGCGGCACCACCGACUGUCGGUGACACCAAAACUAACGAUCCGGCAGUAUCGGGUGUUGCCGCAGCUGCGGCACCGGAACCGGUUCGCUAUGAUAAACCCGUGGCCGGCUCGACGCUACGCUGUCUGGACGAUCCGGCAUUCGAGUCGGACAUCAACUCACCGCUAGCGAACCGGAACGUAGCUACGGAGGUGCUCGACAAGGCGCGCGAUCGUUUCGAUCGCUUCUGGGGCAACCCGAACGAAAAGCCGGAAGAAUCUUAAGCACCACCAGGAGACGGACAUUAAUUUUCCUUCUGCUCGUACCUAGCGGGGCCACGUUAGCAUCGAGCAGAUGGUGUUUGGGGCGUUGAUUUGCUGUUGCCGUUAAUGUGAUUGUUUGUGGAAGUGCAGUGGCACAGUGAUCCACACCCAGUACUCCCGUAAGCCCAGCAUUAGGAGGGGGCAGCAUCUAGUAGGAUGAAUGUGAACGGAAUGAGCAUCGAAAACCACUCAAGAUAAAGUAGUAGUCGCGUGGCAGAUAGCAGGCGCUUAGGACACAGCAACAACAACAAAUUAAAAAAUAAACAGUGACAGGGUAGUCAGGUAACACUAGUAAAACAAAUCACUUAUCAAAAACUCUCAGCGUUCUCGUGGACUGUUUCUGUGUGUUUUCUGUGCUUUUUCGAACCAGUGCCGAAGGGUUUCCCUGGCGCUGGUGUUUAGGUAUUAGUGCGCGCGAACCUGCAGGGCAGCAUAGUAGUAUUGUUAUUUAAUGUAUAGGGUAUAGUGAGGCGUGAACCGAUCCGUAAAGGGUAGUCCGAUUUCGGACGUUCAUUACUUAGGUUAUUUCAUAUCCGGGGGGGGUUGCUUGGUUUUGCUUCAUCACUCCCAGGAUCUCCCCACAUUCCAUUCGAAUCUCAUUCUUCAAAUCGCACAUCCACAUAGGCUAGCUUCCGUAUCUUACAAAACCAGCACACCAAGCAGCAUGUCACCCAUAGACACACCCACACUCUCUCAGGGAAGCCGUAAGAGUACGUUUAAGCAGCGUGUUCAGGAGGUUUCUCGAUCGAAGGAAAUAGACAGCUGAAGGAAAUGGGGUGACAAGGGGCACGAAUGUCGGGAAUUUGCAAAUGUAGCAGGUCUGACAACCUUCGUUUGCUGAUGCCUGAGUUGGUAGACUGAUCCGUACCGAGCAAGCAUGUUAUCGAACUGGCGGAAGUGAUAUAUUACUUGGGGUUAGUGAAUUCCAUAUGCUGGUUUAAUAAUAUCAAUCAGAAGCGAAAAAAGCAAGAUGCAGCUCGCCAACGAGUUGUGUGCAGGUGGUGACGGAUAUGACGCGAGACAGCACAGCAACAAUAAUUGCCGCACGGGCUGUAACCCCAUCCUCGGACGGUGCAAUUUAAUUGCACUCGAAGGGUAAACAGUGCGAACUGGUUGUAACGAGCGGGCUAAAUAAACAAAGUUGCACCUUCGCGUGGGGGGAUGUUAUGCGCCACCUUCGUCCAUGACGUUCCAUAUAAACGGGACGGGGAAAGGUACAAAGUAAUGGUAGAAGAAAAAACUCAAAGCCACACCAGAAGCAAAACACCAUUAGCUAGGGCGACGCCAGCGCACCGGCCCCUCAGUUGGCGGUGUCCGAUCGAACAAAUCAUCAUCCGUCUGCAGUUUACGCGGUUAGUGGAAGGCUCGAUAGAGGCCUCUUUCGCACACACUUGGUUAUAUAUUUGUGGGCAUGCUUUGACGCGCUUUUUUGGGCCAUAUUUAGAUUGUCGGCGCGUCUGACCGCCCCGAGGAAUUGCGCUUGCUGUUUGGGCGUAGUGUUCUUGUAGGGCCCCUCCCCAUUGUGUAGGCACCCAACGCAAGCUCGAAACCGAAAACAAACGUAAAGAUUCUAAAGCAACAAUGAAAGGAAUCCAUUCAAGCGUACAAGCGUACAUUGCAACUACAGAAAUAACGAGCCAGAAUUUCCUAACCGGCGCACGCUCCCGUCGGGAUGGCCCGUCCAUAGUUUGGGUUUUUGUUUUUCGAAUUGCAGCUACAAACAUACACAUCGCACCAGAUCUAGCUAGGAGAUAGAAAUUGCAGCAAAAUAAAAACAGUUUUGGAUGACACAUUUUUUGGGACUACAUACUACAUUCGCACCAGAUUUGCCGUGCCGCUAGGAAGAAAAAAAACUUCUAAAAACAUAUAUCAAGUCAUAAACCGUGCCAUCGUUUAGUUUGCAACCAAAAACACAGACAUAGAAGACAUUUGUGCGAGAUGAAUCCCUUUUGUGGGCGAGCAUUGUUGAACACAGCGGGCAAUAGAUAAGUACAUUUAGUAACAAUCAUUCAAAACCAAACGAAAACAAAUCGAAAGCCUACACAGAACGAAGAAGCCAGUAGAAGAUGAUGAUAAACUAUGGGAAAACUUCACGUCCGGUUCGAAAACGAAACCUCUUCAAACCCCUGAUGAUAGUAACGAUGGAAACAGGAAAGGAAUGAUACUAUUUUUGCAGCUCCAUUUAAGAUUCACCAAACAACCCGUUCGCAUAACUUCAGACUAGUUAAAUUUCAUACCGAAAACUCGUAUCUAAUGUAAGCAUCAGGAGGUGGUGAACAUACAUAAUUCACCCAUUUAGAAAGCGGAAAUAGAAACAAGCGAAAUGAAAUGGAAAAGGAACUUACUACAAACAAUGGGGUCGAUCAUACCUUAAGCUGUAUGAAGCUUGAAUUGUUUGACAGGACCGGUACAAAAUUCCAUCCAGCUACGGAUAAAAAACGUCAAAGAAUGCCAUGAAUAGCAGGCCUAGCCCUCUCGAAGUUGAUGUGUCGAUGAAGAAGAAGAAGA